UCCAUGUUUACCUGCCAGUUGUGCUGACUGGCCUUUUAGACGGCAAACAAGGGGCUGGUCAGCUGAGCCUGGGAUGUCCUACCUUGAGGCACACGUGCUGGGUCAGGUGACCAAUGCACCAGACUGAGAAAACAAUGCGAUGCACAUAGCCUGGCCAGUGGCCUGGGAUAUAUAAAUGUAUGAAUGUAUAUAUGCAGUCAGAGGCGCUCCAUCCUCAGCCGAUGCCUGGGCAGGCCUAAUGGAAAGCUUUUAAAACACAGUGGCUCUUUUGUCUUUGUUCUAAGGUUAGCCAGCAGAACCAAGGCCGCAAUGCAAAAGAAAUGGAUGUGGUACAGAAGAAAUGGGCAGAGGUUUUAUGGAACUACCUUCGUCUUGGGCACCCUCUUGUUAAGAGUGAUGUGAUAAUCGGCCUUGGGUGCCAUGACUUGAGAGUGGCAGAGACGUCAGCAAGGCUUUUCUUAGAAGGCUGGGCUCCUUGGCUUUUGUUCACAGGAUAUCUUGGGAACCAGACUGCAGGCAUCUGGCACCAACCCGAGGCUGAAAUAUUCCUGGAAGUUGCUAUAAAAAUGGGAGUACCAAGAGACAGGAUACUGCUAGAGAAGGAGGCCACCAACACCGGAGAAAACAUCAGGUUUUCUUUCCAAGUGUUAAAGGACCAUGGAAUUCAGGCCCGGCGUGUCAUUCUGGUCCAGCAACCUUUCAUGGAGAGAAGGGUCUAUGCAACGUUCCUUUGGCAGUGGCCUGAGGACAAGGAGAACACACAUGUUGUGGUCACCUCUCCAGCCAUUGAUCUCUACAGCUAUCCCAACCCUGCUGUGGGGAGCAUGGAUCACUUGAUUAGCUGCAUGCUGGGAGUUCUUGAAAGGAUUCGGGAUUAUCCAAAGAAGGGUUUCCAAAUUGAACAGGAGAUCACCUCAGAAGUUCUGGAGGCCUAUAAUUGGUUUAUAAAAGCUGGAUACUCUGCCGUGUAGCCCAGCACAGACUAAAUAUGCACUCCAACAGGGGGCUGAACUAGUAACACUGCACAACAAAAACUCAUUAAUUAUGUUUCUUGUAUAAAAUCAAUGGAUCUACAUCUCAUUAUUUAUUUACUUUGGCAAUUCAAUUUCUUGGAAACUCCACUUAUUGUUUGUUAGAUCAUAAAUGUGUUUAGGGCAUUAGUUUUUAGAAGAUGCUUUGGUUCAAGACAGACAUCUUAGAAACUGCUUUAUAGCUGCUUGAUUCUAAGGCCAGGUUUAUACUUCACACCAUGCUGAUGCUACUGCUACACAAGUGCUGUACUGUUUAUACUUGUGCCCAUACUUUACGUAAAUCUGGAAGAUUCCACCAGGUGGCAGUGCGAGAUAUCAUCACGUGAGAAAAUGUUUGGCUUCACCGUGUUGUGAAUUGCCUGAAACAUCUGUUAAAUUCGGAGGACACCUUGCCACAAUGUUUAAUAAUUACAUCCAUCAUUCCUGGGAUGCGCCCAUUACAGCAAGCAUCAGGCGCGAGACAGAAACAAUUCCACGAGGGGGCAUCAGCUCACUGCAAGGUGAAUAUAAGCACCCACAUACACUAUUGUCAUUUUAGUGUCACCAAAUUGUCAAACCUUCAUGUCUUUGCAAGGAAACCGUAGCAUGCUGUGGAAACCCACCAGGAAAACAUACAAACUCCUGGAAGGGAACACCGUGGAAGUGACUCCCUGUGAGGCAGCGGUACCGCUGUACCACCCCCACAUGUGUAAUUAUUAACAGUAUUCUUUAUUUAAAUGAUGCUAACUACUUGUCAGUAAAAUAUAAUA